AAACCAUGCUCCACCUCCUCACAAAUUAGGGUUUCUGCUGUCCGACACCUUGGGGAAUCGAUGGCGUCACUCAAUCCGCAGCCUCUGCAGUUCCAGGUCCCUGCGAUACCCGUCCACGACGACGAUGACACUGACGCCGCUGAUGAUGCUGCUAUGGAUGAGUUCGAGGAUGCGCAUGUUACUUCAGUCAACGUCGUUGCUAAUGCUGCCAGUCCCAACCAAGAACCGCUGUCUGCUUUGCCUUCCAGAACUAGCGAGCUCACUCUUUCUUUCGAGGGUGAGGUUUAUGUCUUUCCCGCAGUCACUCCUCAGAAGGUUCAAGCCGUCUUGAUGCUUCUGGGAGGACGUGAUGUGCACGCAGGUGUGCCUGCUGUUGAACUACCAUUUGAUCAAAGUAACAGGGGUAUGGGUGAUACUCCGAAGCUUUCGAACCUUUCACGAAGAAUUGCAUCUUUGGUCAGAUUCCGCGAGAAACGAAAGGAAAGAUGUUUUGACAAGAAAAUUAGGUAUACUGUGAGAAAAGAGGUGGCACAGAGGAUGCAUAGGAAGAAUGGGCAGUUUGCAUCCUUGAAAGAAAGCCCAGGGUCAUCUAACUGGGAUUCUGCCCGGAGUUCUGCUCAAGAUGGCACUUCUCAUUCUGAAUCUGUACGCAGAUGUCACCAUUGUGGUGUCACUGAAAAUAAUACUCCUGCAAUGCGUCGGGGGCCAGCUGGACCAAGGACUUUAUGUAAUGCAUGCGGCCUUAUGUGGGCAAACAAGGGCACACUCAGAGAUCUCAGCAAGGGAGGAAGAAAUCUUUCUGUUGAGCAAAGUGAUCUGGAUAUUCCUAUUGAUGUCAAGCCUACUUCUGUUAUUGAAGGAGAAUUGCCCGGCAUCCAUGAUGAGCAAGGUAGUUCUGAAGAUCUGUCCAAGUCCAACACAGGUGAUGGCUCUAGUGGUCAUGCAGUAAACCCUAGUGAUGAGGAAUUGCCCGAAACUGCAGACCACUUUACGAAUGCUCCGCCAUUAGGACUUGUUCAUUCUUCAAGGAGUGACACUGAACAGGAACCUCUGGUUGAACUUUCUAAUCCUUCAGAUACAGACAUUGACAUUCCAGGAAACUUUGAUUAGAAGGCCUGUGUUAUUAAAAUUGCUCUCAACAUGCUCCUGACUAUAAUAAUUUCAUUGAGAUCAAAGCUCUGCAACCCUGAUUUUAGAGAUGAAAUUUCGGUGAUAUGGUCUGCCACUCAAGAAUGGUUAUUUGAACGUCAACGCAGCGGUGUGCUAAUUAGGACCUUCAGGCAAGUUUAGGUUGGUGAGACCAUUUGAAUAUGUUAUAAUUAGCACAGAUAGACUUGUUCCAAAUGUACAUAUACAUAUAAAAUAAAUAUUAAUCAUCGUCUUCUCAAUGUUCUUCCAGACACAUGUUACCAAUUCUGUUGGGCAGGUCCGAAAGAAUUGCCACUGUUGUUUAAGUUAUUUAAAACUAAUUGUUGCGUUAAGUUCCGAAACUGAAUUUAUAGGGCUUAUAGGUCUUUACAGGAGAACUAGUAUAUUUAAUUACUUUUACCAAACUUAUUACUCUCUUCCUCCCAUUAUCUGUCUUUUGAAAUAAGAG